AUGAUGGCUUCUCACUUUUGGGCUGCUCUUUGGGUGCUCACACUUGGCUACGCUGUUGUAGUUGCACCACAGAUAUUGGUCCCUCGUGCGACUGGCAGUCUGGACGCCUGGUUGGUGUCUGAGACAGCAGUGGCAAAACAGGGUAUCCUCGAUAACAUUGGAUCUGCUGGUGCCUAUGCUGCGACUGCAAAGCCUGGCAUUGUAGUCGCCAGCCCGAGUACCUCUGACCCUGACUACUACUAUACUUGGACUCGUGACUCGGCUCUGGUGUUCAAAACUCUGGUCGAUAUGUUCAAGAACGGUGACAGCGGCUUGUUAAAUAUUAUUGAAGAAUACAUCGAUGCACAGGCCUAUAUCCAGACGGUAUCCAAUCCAUCUGGAGAUCUUUCUGGUGGCAGUGGAUUGGGGGAGCCUAAGUUCAACGUCGACGAGACAGCCUUCACUGACUCUUGGGGUCGUCCUCAGCGUGAUGGACCGGCCUUGCGAGCCACUGCAUUGGUCUCGUUUGGCCAAUGGCUCAUUGAUAAUGGGUACACCACUUACGCGACCAACAUUGUCUGGCCCGUUGUGCGCAACGAUCUCUCCUAUGUUGCCCAAUACUGGAAUCAGACUGGAUUUGAUCUCUGGGAAGAAGUUUCUGGCUCAUCGUUCUUUACUGUCGCAGCUCAGCAUCGCGCCUUGGUGGAGGGAAGCACAUUCGCAAGCCAGUCUUUCUGGACUGGGUCUUAUAUCCUGGCCAACUUUGGUGGUGGCCGCUCUGGAAAAGAUGCCAACACGCUACUCGCCACCAUCCAAACUUUCGACCCAGAGGCCGGAUGCGAUGACACCACAUUCCAGCCUUGCUCAGCUAGAGCACUCGCAAAUCACAAAGUUGUGACUGAUUCAUUCCGGGCGAUCUAUCCUGUCAACUCUGGUAUUGCUGCGGGCAAGGCUGUUUCUGUUGGUCGAUACCCGGAGGACACAUAUUACAAUGGUAACCCUUGGUACCUAUGCACAUUGGCUGCGGCUGAGCAGUUGUACGAUGCGAUAUAUACGUGGAAUCGUAUCGGUUCUUUGACAAUCACCUCUGUCUCUCUCGGCUUCUUCCAGGAUCUGUACAGCUCCGCUGCGACCGGUACCUACUCCUCGUCCAGUGAUACAUACACCUCGAUUCUGAGCGCUGUCACGGCAUAUGCGGAUGGAUAUCUCAGUAAUGUGGAACAAUACGCUGCAUCGAAUGGCUCCUUGUUUGAGCAAUUCUCCAAGUCAGAUGGCUCACAACUCUCGGCUCGUGACCUGACUUGGUCCUACGCAGCCCUGCUUACUGCCAAUGACCGUCGGAAUGCGAUAGUUCCUGCACCAUGGGGUGAGACAUCUGCCAGCAGUGUACCUGGCCAAUGCCAGUACACUUCGGAUGUUGGGACUUUCAGCAGUGCAACAAACACCGCCUGGCCGACCACGUUGACUAGUAGAUCAGGCAGCGGAACUACUACCACUACGUCUGCGAAGACAACCUCGACUACAGCACCAUGCACUACUCCAACAGCCGUUGCAGUGACAUUCAACGUGAUUGCCACUACUGUAUAUGGCCAGAACAUCAAGCUUGCUGGAUCUAUCUCCGAGCUUGGCUCCUGGUCCCCAAGCAGUGCUAUUGCGCUGAGCUCUUCUUUGUACACUACGAGCAACCCUUUGUGGUUUGUGACUGUGACACUUCCGGUGGGCACUGGGUUUACCUACAAGUAUAUCCAGGUGGCGAGUGAUGGCACUAUUACAUGGGAGAGUGACCCGAACCUGUCAUACACCGUUCCCACCACGUGUGGUACCACAGCUGUCACGAUUAGUGAUACCUGGAGCACCAUGAUAAUGAUUGUUUAUCUGAGCUGGUACGGUGAUGCGGCCGUCACAUCAUAA